GAGCUCACAUCACUGCGUACCGUAGUGGAAAACAUUGCGCGAAACAUCCCGGAUAAGACCACAAAAUCGAGAGGAAUCGGGCAGCAAUGGGGAGAUCUUAUGAUGUGGCCCUUGUCGCUCUUCUCAUGAUCACGCUUAUACACGGUGACUUAUCAUGGGCCAAAAGAAGUAGCAGCAGCAGUAGCAAGAAAUCAUCAUCUUCCAGCAACAGGGGUGGGUCUUCGUCCUCGUCUCAGAAGCCGUCGAAAACAACCAACACUCAGUCAGCGAACUACCCCAGACAGCCGCAGAGUCCAAACAGAAACCCCAAUCCAUAUCCUGCAGGUGGCAGCUAUCCCUAUCCAGGGAGAGGUGGAGUCAAUACUGGAGGACAGCCCAACCAGAAACCAGCGGGGGGAUAUCCAGGAGCAGGAAGUUACCCUGGAGUCGGUAGUUACCCCAACCAGAAUCCUGGCAGAGCUAAUCCUGGAGGCUAUCCAAACCAGAACCCUGCAGGUGGCUAUCCACAUGCAGGUGGACACCCCCCAGCGGGUGGCUAUCCAAACCAGAACCCUGCAGGUGGCUAUCCGCAUGCAGGUGGACACCCCCCAGCGGGUGGCUAUCCAAACCAGAACCCUGCAGGUGGCUAUCCGCAUGCAGGUGGACACCCCCCAGCGGGUGGCUAUCCUAACCAAAGAAAUUAUCCGAAUCAGUAUCCAGCCGCCGGAGGCUAUCCAGCAGCGGGUGGAUACCCAAAUCAGUACCCAGCUGCAGGUGGUUAUCCAGCAGCUGGUGGCUAUCCAAAUCAAAGUCCUGGCAGAGGAAAUUAUCCAAAUCAGUAUCCAGCUGCUGGUGGAUACCCGGCAGCCGGUGGAUAUCCCAACCAGUACCCUGGCAGGGGGGGCGUGAAUCCAGGGGGAUAUCCCAACCAGUAUCCGGCUGGUGGUUACCCAGUCAGAGGAGGAAAUGUUGGACAGGGCUUUGGUUCAAAUCCAGGUAGUUAUCCAGGUGGUGGGAUAGGAGGUUACCCCAACUGGAACCCAAACAAUAAGAUCCUCAGUCCCCGCUAUGGUGGAGGUGGCUAUGGUUAUGGUGGUUAUGGAAUGGGAGGGUCUCCCUUCUCACAAGUUGUUCAGAGUAAGGGAUACUCUCCUUCUUUUAAAUCUCAAAGUUUUGGGAAAAAAGCCCUAAUGGCUGCAGGUGUGGGGGCUGUGGCAGGCAUGGCCAUAGGCUAUGGAAUUGGGCGCUUUCCUCGACCACAUUAUAGCUUUCAUAAUCAUGAAGAAGAAUAUUAUUAUAACAACUACAUGUACCGCCGUUAUGGCUCCCGCUCCACCGAUGAAAACGACUUCGGGCGAGAUUACGCCUACAAUCCACCACCACGUGCAGAAUCUUAUGAUAGUUUUAUGGGCAGCUGCAUGAAUAGCACCGAUCCUCUAAAAGACCAGGGUCGCAACUCACAGUUACCAGAGAAUGGCAGAGAUAAUGAGGACGAUGACGAAUUAGUCAGCAUUGAGGAGAUUGGCUACCCAGCCCUAAUAAAGCAAGUCAAAGCCCGGCGCUGUAUGAACCACUAUAUGGAGUACUCUGAACGCUUCUUGCAGAAACGGACUGCUGAACAUCAUUUCCAGCCCAACCGUAGCAACCCACUGAGCUAUGGGCUUAUGCAGCUUCUCACCUCUGUUCUAAUGCUCUUGAGCAGCAUACUCUUGCUUCAGUGAGAUAUUAAAAUGGCACUUGAAACAUGUCCCAGUUUUUCACAUUAGGGUAAUUUGUUCCUCAUAAAUAAUGGUCACUGAGUGUAUAUGUCAUCACAGACGCUUCCCUUAUAUUACAUUGCAGCUCAUAUGCCCUUUAAAUAGCCUUGUUUUUUGUCAGGACUGAAGAAUUCCUUAGGGAUGCUGAUCCAUGCUUGCUCUCAUAGUCUCAAAAAAUUGCAUUGAGUUGACUGAUGGUAAAUCUUUUCUUUAAAUAUCUUGUGCCAUCUCAUCACACAGUUGUUCAAUCAAAUUGAGAUCCUGUGUCAAAACAGCUCACUGCAACUAUGCUGCUUUCAUUUCCAUAUUUGCGGAAUCUCAUUGCAAAAUCUUGGCCAUGGCCAUAAUUGUGCUGGAAAGAAAACAUUUGCCGAUUAAUGAACUGUUGCCAUAAGAAAAGAUUAACCUGGAUUGCAAUAGUGCUCGAGUAUCCUGCAGUGAAUAGACUUGCUCCACUAUCAUCAAGUGUCCCAAUGUUUGCAAGAUAAACAUCUUCCACUCCAUGACUCGUAGUGUUGCAGUUCUUGACAAACAAAAACCACCAUGUCUGGCAUCUACAAUCUUUCUUACUCUCGUACCCCUCUCCAUCCCUUCGUGUGCACUGAUAGCAAGGGAUUUAACAGGUGGAUCACAACCUUAACUGGAACUCACCUAAUCAGGCUAAUUCAUGGAAAGUUUGGAAAGUUGUUUUCUCAAUGUAUACAGUUCAUAUUAAAUAAAACAAUAACAGCUCUCUUGGAGGCAAAUUUAGUUAUGCUAAACAACGUCUCUAGGCCAAACUUAUUCCACGGGAAAAUAGGAUGAAAUGAAGGGAUUUCAUGGCUUUGCUUUUAAUAAUCAGACAUUUGUCUAGAAUUAUAUUGGCAGCCCAUUUUCUUUGUGUUCUUAAUCUCGAGGUGUGUCUACUAACUGUAGCUGUGAUUGUAAUUGUGUUUUAUUUUACAACUUUGCACUAUUAUUUUCCUUUGACAGCGCAAUAUUCAGCACUCAGUGUUUGAAGAAAAAACGUCAUGUUUGUGCAUGUUUCAAUUUCAAUAGUUUAAAAAAAAUUUGAGCAAGUUACCCUGACUUGAAGAGUUUUGUGUGUGUAAAGUAUAUAAUGUGAUCUAAUGAUCAGUUAAGCAAUGCACGUUUUAACAAAUGUUUAACACAACAACUUGGAAGAUUUUUCUGUUGUUAUGAGAUACCACCCAAGAUGCAAGAUUAAAACCGGCCGUCUAUCUCCAUAGAAAGAUGCUUUGGGGAGCAGAGGGACGAGGGGUGGGCUCGAGUUGGGAUUUCAGUUGCUUUGCUGAGUCAGCACUGCCGUGUAGAUAAACUCUUCCAAAAACCUUGAAAUCAUUUAAAUCUCAGAAUUAAAUCUGACGAUACCUGCUGUAAACUGCUGUCCUAUUUCCUGAUAUUUAGCUUUUCUCAGCUGUCCUAACUUACCUUUUUGAUUAUGUGGUAAAAAAACAACAACUGGUAAUUCCAACAAUCAAAUAGUAAAUUGUGUUCAAGUUCUCUUUCCAAGCCUUUUGCAUUUAAGUACAUCUUUAUGAGAACUGAUCUGGAAGCUAAGGUGAAGUAAAAUACUUUGAAGCAGGAUAAUUUAGACCAUAUUAAUAAUAAUGAUAAAAAAACCCAGAAAAAGAGCAAAGUAAUCAGAAAUGGCUUUGAAUCGUCGUAUUCCUGCAAGAGCUUUAAGAGUUGACAUUUACAACUGUUGCAGUUAUUCAGCUUUUUUAUUAUUAUUAUUUUGGUGAAAUAUAAAAGCAUAAAUUCUCCAGUACAUAGAAUGAAAAUUAAAAAUGGCUGAAACUUGACUUUUGAUAUCAAAAGUCUGGUGCUCACAUAUAUAGAAGUCAUUGCAAAUCCAGAUUGCAGUUAUAUCAUAUAAGUGAUUACUCACUAUAUUAGCAAAGCAAAACAAAAAGUUUAUGGCUGGCCAAUUGCUUGUUUAACUGAUUUUAUUUGGAACUGACCAUAUGAAACCUUCCGUAUAGAAGUUCUUUGUUUUGUAAAUUAUUAUUAUUAUUAUUGUUGUUAUUAUUAUUAUGGUGUUCCAGACAAUCUAUCAACUGAUGUAGUGUCAUGAAAUGUUAUUUUAUAACAUAAAACGAAAUGUUUUGUUCUUUUCAUAAAUAUGUUUUCAUGAAGAAAAAGUUAUUAAACUGUGUUUUAUAACCUGGUUCAUUAUGUACAAUAUAAUGACGGAGGGAGAAUGUUCAAUAGUUUAACGAUUAACUAUUUCUACCCCCAAGUCCACCAAUUUCAUGUCAAUUCAGAAUUGAAUUCUGCUUUUAAUGCCCACCCCUGUGGUCUCACUUGUAGAAUAUCUGUGAAGUGCACUUAUUUCUCUUUAACUGUGGAUAUUCUGUGUAUUCUCUGACUGUAUAUUAUUGCUCUAUUAUGAAUGGUAAUAAAAACUAAUAUUAA